UGCAGCUCAGAGUGACGCAUCCAACCAUCAGCUGUUUUUGUUUUGCUGUGUGAAUAUUGGAAGUUAAUAACAUAAUAACAACACUGUACGACUGGCUAAAGUGAAACGGCUCAUCAGGGAGGUGUUACCGUUGAUCUGGUUCAGACUCGGGACAGUUCACUCGGUGUGGGAUGUGUGCCAUCUGAGCGCAGCCUGACCGGACAUUCCUCUCCCCGAAGAGUGUGAGCGUGGCGCUUGGAGUCGGGGAGCAGAGGAGGGGAAGCGGGUUCCGGCGGGGAUCGACCCGAGCCCAAAGGCCUCCGACCUCGACCGGCAAGAGGAGAGGGAAUUUGGCGGCUCGGAUGGAGUCCCAGGACGCACCGGACGGCCCCGAAGCGCACAGAGGCUUCAUCUGUGCGUCGUUUAACCAGGACACCACAUCUCUGUCAGUGGGCACCAAGACUGGCUACCGGCUCUUCUCAGUCACUGCUGUGGACAAACUGGACUGCAUCCAUGAGGGAGUGGAGUGUCCAGAUGUGUAUAUAGUGGAGCGGCUGUUCUCCAGCAGUCUGGUGGUGGUGGUCAGUCUGUCCAUGCCACGGCGAAUGAACGUCUACCACUUCAAGAAAGGCACAGAGAUUUGUAACUACAGCUACUCCAACAACAUCCUCUCCGUCAGGCUCAACAGACAGCGGCUGGUGGUGUGCCUGGAGGAGUCGAUCUACAUCCACAAUAUCAAAGACAUGAAACUACUUAAGACCCUGCUCAACACACCCACCAACCCCUCAGGUCUUUGCGCUCUCUCUGUCAACCACAGUAACUCCUACCUGGCAUACCCCGGCAGCACCACCAUCGGAGAGAUCACCGUCUACGAUGCCAACAAUCUGAGCACUCUGACGCUGAUCCAAGCCCAUGACAGUCCCCUGGCGGCCCUCACCUUCAAUGCCUCUGGCGGCAAACUGGCCAGCGCUUCAGAGAAGGGCACCGUUAUUAGAGUCUUCAGCGUUCCUGAAGGACAGAAACUGUUUGAAUUCCGCCGAGGGAUGAAGAGAUAUGUUAGUAUCAGUUCAUUGUCCUUCAGCGCAGACGCCCAGUUCCUGUGUGCCUCCAGCAACACUGAGACAGUCCAUAUCUUUAAACUGGAGCAGCACAGCCCCAGUCAAGAGGAGGAGUCUCCUACAUGGUCAGCAUAUGUGGGCAAAAUGUUCACAGCAGCCAGCACCUACUUGCCCACCCAGGUGUCCGACAUGAUGCAUCAGGACAGAGCCUUUGCCACAGUACGACUCAACAUGUUUGGCCUGAAGAACAUCUGUGCCCUGGCUACGAUUCAGAAGCUCCCUCGCCUGCUGGUGGCAUCCUCAGACGGGUAUCUCUACAUCUAUAAUGUGGAUCCACAAGAUGGAGGGGAGUGUGUCUUGGUCCAAAAACACAGGCUGUUUGACUCCAGCGAGGAGCAGGUGGAACAGAGUGAAGAGGACAAACCAGAGGAUGUCUCUCCCCAACCAGCCAGCCAAUCAUACGCUGCUACUGUGGCUCUCUCUUCAACCCCACCCUCUUCCACCACCCUCAUGGGUUACUCUGAGGAUGGUGGAGCCCAGAAGGGUGAGGUCAUCCCAGAGCACGAGUUUGCUGAGGGCCCCGUCUGUCUGGAUGACGAAAAUGAGUUCCCUCCAGUCGGCAACCAGAGUAACUGACCAAACCUCCCCAUGAAACACCCAACCCCUGCUUAACAAUCAGACUCACUUGUUUCAAGCAGUGGAGGUGGACAAAAAUAUUCUUGUGUUGACACAUGUACCCCUGCUGGCCUAGGGUCAAAUCUUGCCAGAAUGUUACUUCCUGGUGUUUCUGUAUUCUGUGUCCCUACCACGUUUUGUAAGGAGUAAAAAAAACAAAAAACCCUAAAAAAGAGUGGAAGGUCCACUCAUCAUUAAAAAAAGAAACAUCUUAAACUCUUUUCUUAGACAGAUUCAAAAACUGUCUAAGUGUCCCGCUGUUAACUCCCAUAUUACGCCAUUAACAAACAGUGUUCAUCUUUUUUUUUUUUUUUUUUUAAAUACUGACAUCAAGAAACACUUUGAACACAGUGGCAUUAUGGUUGCACAAUAUUAUCAUGGUAGCAACCAGAUGAGUAUGUGGCUGGUAUUAAUGAGCUGAAAAUACCAAUGUAGUAGAGGAGACAAAAGAUUCACAAAAAUGCUCUUCAGAAAGAUGCUAAGAAGUUAACUGUAAGGUCAUUUUAACGAUAAUGAUAAAUUUAAUGAUAAAAUGAGUCAAAUCUCUUAAGAUCAUUACUUGUUCAUACUUCUAUGUCUUAGAAAUUAGCAUCUGAAAAUCUAUCAUAAGGGCAUUUUUGUCAAUCGGGCCUCAGGAAUUUGGGAAGCUCAUCAAUGGGCAUUAAAUGUGUCACACCUCAGGAAAGAGGAGCGGUAGUUCUCUCAAGAAGGAAAAGAUGUAAGUGUGAUACACUAUUUAAAUCAUGAUACGUGCAGUAAGUAUUAUAUGACUUGCAGAUGCAGCUGUCAUUACUAAUUAUGGUAGCGAUAGAUGAGACUAAAAACCUGCGGAGUCACAAACGUAACCCGAUAAUAUAUCUGGAAAGAGUUGGCUCUGUGGGAGGAGCGGUCAGCAGCUGAAUGUGAAGCUCUUGAUGGCGAGCUGUACGUGACAAAGUUACAGGUCCUUGAAUUUCAGUAAUAUCCUGAAGACCUUUUUAUUUACUACAUGAUGCUGAAUUCAAUAUGUUAACAUGGAAGUCAUAGUCAUUUUAACUUUGAUGUAAUAAAUAUUCUUUUGCAAAAUGUUUUCAGUAUUACACAUCAAACGCAUAGACUUACCAUGCGUAAAUAUAUAUUGAGGAUUUUUACUGUGUGUAUAAUGUAUAUAACAUUUAUAUAUAGUACUGUUGUAAUAAGUAACAUGGUAAUACCAUUUGAUUUGCCAAAAGGUGGCGCUGUUAGGGCCCCCUUACGCUGCAUUGAGCUGUUCGAUACUGGACAUUUACACCAGAGACUCAUUAAAGCUGAGAACUGAUUCAA